GUCUUUGUGACGUGGACACGCCCCUGUACGGACUUUACAGACGUCACUAUAAAAAAACACGACUAAGGCGCCUCCUCUAACUCAAAUCGUUGCUCUGCUUUUAAGAUACAGAAAUAAGAAACAGUUGCUGUAACGAUGGUGGUUCUCUCCAAAGAGUAUGGCUACGUGGUGCUGACUGGCACGGCCAGCUUCAUCAUGGUGAUGCACCUGGCCGUGAACGUGGGCAAAGCGCGCAAGAAGUACAAUGUGCCGUACCCCAAGAUGUACCUUGAGGACGGUGAGAACAGCAACAUCUUCAACUGCAUUCAGCGAGCGCACCAGAACACGCUCGAGGUCUAUGCUCCUUUCCUGUUCUUCCUGACGAUCGGAGGAAUCCAGCAUCCUCGAGUGGCUAGUUUUCUGGGGAUGACCUGGGUGAUCGGCAGAGAGGUGUAUGCCUACGGGUACUACAGUGGAGAUCCCAAGAAGAGGAUGAGAGGCGCUUUCUCGUCGGUGGCUCUCUUGGGGCUCAUGGGGACGGCUCUGUGCUUCGCAAAGAAUCUCCUGGGCUGGCAGCCGUCUUGCUGUCACUGAGCAGCCAGCCAGUGGGUGGCAGAGCCCUGCGUGCGUGCGUGGGGUGGGGCGGGGGCGCUUGCUGACUAGGCUUUUUGAUUAUUGGAGAUCUCCAUGGUAGAUGUUACUCUUCCCUUGCUAAACUUGUCACAGAGCUUUCCGGCGUGGACGGACUUAUAACUGUAUGUUUAGUGCCUGGCUGUAGCGAAUUCUGUCUGGUUCAUCUGCUUGCUGUUUUGUCUCAUUGUUUGGCACAUGUGCAGUGGAUUACCCUGAUGUAGUUGAGAUGGCUAGUACAGUAUUGAAGCAGUGCACGGAAUGGUCACCCUAUUUUUACUACACCCCUCUAAUCCUGUAAUGCACAUGUGCAAAGUGAUGCCAGUCAGGCAAAUGAACCAGAUUAAAAUACAAACGCAACAGAUUGUAUGCAAAAGUCAAGCACCAAGUCCUCAAAGAUUUAUACACUACGAAUAGAAUUCCUGAUCUCAAUUAUCUUACCCUUGACCACCACAAGUGUGUUUGAUUUCUUAAGUACCCUAAUUGGGCAUGUUGGAGCGCUCCAAUGGGAGGGGGUUGAGUGACAAUGCCAGUGAGGUUGGGGCUGAUUUUCGUGCUGGAGUUUUAUUGUAUUAAAAUCGAAUUUUAUAAAAUGAAACCUGUGCCAGUUUAAAGUGGCAUCCUUACUGUU